GUAGGACCCCUAGCACCUGUGACGUACUUUACUUACAAUGGCGACCGCUGAAACUGUCGAUCUGGGACCUAUUCACCCUCCCAAGGAGGACUCCAUUACAGCCUUUGAACAAAUCCUCCCUGAGCUCAAGAAGACUCUUGUUCACCUCCGCCACGACUACAAUAAGCACGAACCAGAGUACUUUGCAGCGGCUGAACACCUCUCAGAUCAAGACCUCGUCGGUUUUAGCGCAGACGACUUUGAAUCUGUUCGCGUUGCUACAUCCGCCUAUGGCAUUCAUCUGUUUGGCAAGCUUCGCAUCCCCGCUAUGCCCGACCCUUCAGGCCCAUCUUAUAUUCACUUCCGUGUCUUCAUCGGUGGUGGGGAUGAGCCUCCCAAGCUCCAUAGCAUUCACACCGAGGAGCGCGAGGAUUCAAGUGGUGGAAAGGCCUAUAGGGCCAUUUUCACUAAGAACGACGAGCUUGAGUGGUUUGAUACUUAAUUGAGGGAAACAAUGAGAAAUGUAUUUUAUAUGGCAUAUUGUCUAACAUGCCAGUGGGCCUAUUCUCAGAUGUGCUUUUUUGAC